AUGGCUCUACAUUCGGUCGACGACGAUGAACAACUGUUCACCCGGGCCAUGACCUCCUAUCGUGAAGCAUUUUUGGUUCGACAUUCCCACCUCCCGGAAUCUCAACGCCAUCAACUUUGGACUCAGCAACUCAAUCAGUUCCAGUUCAUCCCGUCUACCCCAUCACCAGCCUUACCUCGAACGGGAGGAGGGCUUCCGGGGAGCUCGGGGAAACGAACUCGACAGGAUGCGACUCCACGGACUCUCCCUGCAGCCGAAGCUGCUUCCGCCUCUGGUUUUGGUUCUGGUUCUGGUUCUGGUCCUCCGCAAGCGAAACGGCGAGCCACCACCCCGGAUCUCCCAGUGGCCGCCGACCUACGACGCACCUCCUCCCAGACUUCCUCGGCAGAGACUUUCCGGAAAGGUGCGUCACUCUCCGGGCAAGGAUCCUACCGACAUGGCCCCGUGAAGGCUCCCGUGGGAGGUAGAGACGCGAUGGCUUUGGGAAUGGUUCGUUCUCAAAGCCAGCAAAUCCCCACCUCUUACAGGCAUCCACCAGCGGGAACCGCCAUGGGGAAACGACAAUCCUUCGGCCCGACCCGGACCCAACAACAACCGCAGCAGCAGCAGCAUCCCCAUCUGGACCACGUCAAUGAGAUGGUCAGCGAAUACUCACCAUCCGAGUUUACGAAACACUUGGAUGAUCCACAGAGCAACAUCAACCAGGUCCCUCUCUAUGGCUCUGGUGCUGCAACCGUCCUACCGACCGCCAACACCACUUCCGCGUUGACUCUUGGGCUGGCGAAUCUUGGAUCAAAUGGACUGGCAUCUCUUUCGCCUGGACAGCCAUCUCCCAUGGCCGAGGCCUCCCCAGCUGGCGCGGUGGAGAUGACUCGCAGCGGGACCACCGACACUAUCAUCGGUGGAUUCAACAACUUUGGCUUCGAUCAAGCUGCGACGACUCAUGUGGAUCUGGAACAGGCCAACCCUAUCCCCCCGGAAUGGGUGCCCACAUCCACCUCGGGUCUCCCCUAUCAAGACUCCAUCCCUUCUUCCCUAUAUCCUGACUUAGAUACCGGUGCAUCCUUCCCUUUCUCCUAUCCUUCUUCAUUCUCAACCUCUGCCCCUCCAUCAACACCGUUCCGGCCACAGCAAGUGCCAGCUACCAUGAAUCCCACGCCGGCUAGCAGCAUCCUCUCCCCACCAGAGGCCGUCGACAUGAAGCCAUCAAUUUCAACUGGAAGUAAUUCUUCCGCCACGGCAGCUCCCUCUCGUGCAGUCCGCCGUACACAAGAGCAAAUCGCCCACGGCGCACGACCUAUCGCGCCCAAACGGGAAUCCCAAGGCGAUGCCCACCUCCAACUCGAUCCCAACGACCCGAAUCGCAUGAUUCGCAUCUCCUCCGCUGACGGCACCACUAAAGAAGUCGCCGCCAUCCCCAAGGCCUCUGUGCACCGCCCCCCACGACCAAAGACGUACUGUCACUUAUGCAAUGACCAGCCAGAGGGCUUCCAUGGGGACCACGAGCUGCGCCGACACAUCGACCGGGUACACGCGCGGGUGCGCAAAGUCUGGGUCUGCGUGGAUAUCUCGUCAGACAAGAAGUUCCUCGCUAACUGCAAAGCCUGCCGAAACGGCAAGCGAUACGGCGCAAACUACAACGCAGCUGCGCACCUGCGACGCACGCAUUUCAACCCGUGUCAGCGUGGCCGUGGGGGCCGGGGAAAGGACAGUGAGAAACGCGGCGGCAAGGGCGGCGGCAACCAGCCGCCGAUGGAGGUGCUGAAGCUCUGGAUGCGGGAGACAAUUGAGAGGGCAGAUGAGCGCUCCCCCGAUACCUUUGAUGUCGAGGGGUUGGAGGAGUACUCUGGGAGUCUGCCGUCAGAUUACAAGGGUAGUCCGCUUGUGCCCGGGCUCGGAGACGCAAGCAGUUCCAUGAGUGUGGGCAUGAGCAUGAGCAGCUCCUAUGGGAUGGAUCCGACGCCCAUGCAUAGCCAUAGCCUCGGCAGUGGCGCAGAGUAUGAGGGAUUCCCGGGGAUGUCGGCCAGUUUCGACUUUGAUGCCACGCUGGAGGACCCCUUCUAUCGGGAUAUCCAGUAG